CGUGAUCGUUUUCCUGCUGUUUUCGUAGUGGUGGAAGGCUUUCCAACCUGCCAAUCUCCAACAACUUGCGCAAGGGAGCGGACCGUGGAGGAAAAAGGGAAAAGAAUUUGACCAGAAAGCAUUCGUCUGGCGUCAUUCUUCCUUUGGGGGGAUCCAAAAGUGACAGACAAUUUUCAGUUCGGCGAUAUCAUUGCCACCAGAGCCCAACAGCAACAACAGCAACAACUAGACCGGUUAUGAAGGUCUCUUACGCUCCCGUCCUCUCCACAAUGCCCUUGAUAGAGACAUUUAGGGCUCAGAGCGCCCCAGACUUCAAAUCCCUCUCCUUGACUGCCAGAGCUAGAGACAGCCCCUCCAUACCUGCCGCCAUCCCAAACACACCAUCUGACCGCCCUCUUUUGCGGCGAGCUUCCGCUAUGGACGUUGACUCUCCGCUGAGUGGAAACCCGUCAGCCACGUCAUCAUCCCCUCGGACGGCUCAAAGGAGCCAAAGAGGCAGCACGACUAGAGCAGUUCGACGUCCAUCUCGGAACGGACAUGAAGGCUCUGAUGAUGAAAUGGAAGGUGGCGAAUUGCGGGACAAUCUUCGUCGUGUCGCUCAUUCAGCAGUGGAAAAGCGGAGACGGGAAAAGAUAAAGGAUAAAGUCGCCCUCCUCCGGUCUCUAGUACCGACUUGCGCAAUGCAACCAAAUCUUCACAAACUGACUGUCCUUGAACACACCAUUGACUAUAUCUACUACCUGAGAAAGGUCGUAUACAAACUCGUGGCGGAGCGAGAACGGAUUCGAAGGGCUGGACCACCUCCAACUGCGCAAGGUCCUGGAAUGUCCAGUGGCGCUCAACAGCAUAAUCACAUUCCUACCGCAAUAGCCCAUCCACGUCUCCAUCAUGCUCGCUAUAUGCAAUUUGAUGUUGAUAUUGACGACUUGGAUCUCCACUUACUCUUCCCUCCGACCGAUCCUGCUAUGAAUUACGCUGCGCAUCACCCUGUCCCUCCCCAACCCACACAGUACAUAUCUCGCCAUUCUGUGAAUCCAUCCAACGCCGUGCAAGAAAUACCCGUAUACACAUCUACCCACCGUGAUCACAUCGUGUACCAGCCGAUGGGUUAUUCAGCACCAGCUUCAUGGCCUCUUCGACAACCGAGAAGACUAUCUGCUGAUUCAACAGUGUCAUCAACAACUCCCAGUCCUGUAUAUUCGCCAUCCACAAUGUCUACAACUACAAUGCCAGCUAGACCUGAGCCUAAAAAGGAGACGAGUCCAAUGAGGGUUGAUAACUUACUCUGCUGAUAGAUGGGAAGAACUUAGAGAUGGGCAAGUAGCAUAAUUUCCGUAGAUAUCAAAGUUUUAUAGGUGUAUAUAGUUCGCUCAUGUUCGGUUUCCGUCUUUUCUUUUCUCCAUGCUCACUUUCAGUGCAAAUUAUAUUGGAUUACAUUGGUUCGGUUUCUUGUGAGAGAUUUGCAUAUGAAUUUACGUCUCGUGAACUUCAGCACUUGUCUCAUAGCCAUGCCUACACUAUCACACAUGUACAAACGUUGAUCCCCAGACCAGAAUCUCUUGUUCCCCAUGAUACCCGUUCAUCGUAGACAUUCCGCGACAAAGGCGGGAUGGAUGAUGAAGAACCUUGCAGAAUAGCAUCUCUGUGACGACGUCAUCUGCUUGCUCAC